CGCUGAUAAACAGCUCAGGCUACAUACCACAAAGAGACGCGAGCCGCCGACGACGCAAACAGAUUACUCCGGUGCGCAUUUCUCACGUGCAUUCGCGCAUUACGUUACUGCUGUCAACGAGAAGCCGACGCGUUCGAAGAAUUCGAUUUCCGAUACAUCUCGUAACGAGCGCUCGACAAUCGGGGCCGAGGAAAAAUAGGAAGAAAAUAGAACGGAUUUCGUGUCGCAGCCGCGGGAGCAGCAACAGCAGGAAGAAUGGCAUCGUUGAAGAGUGUCAAGACGAGCAAGAUGGAAACCACGACUAGAAGCUGGACAGCGAAACCGAUUCUAGGCUCGGAUUUUACGGAAGUGCUUCCUUUGCAUGAGGUCUACGUGGGUAUCUUGAAGCAGCGGAAGGACACAUCCGCCGCAAUCCAGAGUAUAUCCGCCGUCUUGCCAGGAUUCGCUCAUCUGAAGCGCUGUUCGAACGGCAAGUUGCUUUUAGCCCCGCUUCGCUCGAACGAAUUAUCGCGAGCGAACGGCGAAGAGGACAUUACUCUCGGUGAAGAUGAGCUCAAGAACCAGCUCAAGGAACGAGGAUUCGAUCUCUCUCUCUUCGAGGACAAGUUCCAGGUGACGAAGGUGCCUGCCAAGGCACCGAGAACGAAAUUGCAAGCUGGCGAGGCCUCGAAAAUCUGGCCGGUGAAUUUCCAUCCCGACCAGACUAUCGAGAGGCUGAUUGACGGCUCAAUCUUCGACGACGAUUGCCUGCACGCGAUCGAACGGAUCAUGUCACUGGUAAUAGAGGCCGCUAGGCUGGAGGCGGUCGGCGACGUGCGUUGCACCGGCGCCGCGGCGGUCGUCGAUCCCGAAGACGGGAGAAUCCUGGCGAUAUCCGCCGCGAGGGUCGAUCAGCAUCCCAUGUGGCAUGCCGCCAUGUUGGCGGUGGAUCUCGUUGCCAGACUUCACGAUGGCGGUGCGUGGCGUUUGAACGAUGAGGAUCUCACGAAGAGGCGAAUGGACGAAGGAACACUCGACGAGAGGGUAGACUCGGACGUCGAGACUGAAAAUUUGAAUUUUAAAGAUCGCUUAAGAAAGAUCAAGAGAAAGUACGAGGAAGAAACGCCACUUUGUUACCCGACAUCUCUAUCCUCGCUCACGUUCCCGGUUCAAAUGCCACUCGAAACGCAAGUCGGACGAAAGGGAAGGAGGAGCGACGGUGACAGAGUCGAGGAUCCGCAGCAAGAAGAAUAUGGAAGAAACGUAGAGAAGUGCGGGCCGUAUCUCUGCACGGGUUAUUGGGUAUUCCUGCUGAUGGAACCGUGCCCCAUGUGCGCCAUGGCUUUGCUGCAUUCCAGAGUCGCGAUGAUCUUCUACGGUGCUGUCAAUCAGAACCUCGGCGUCUUGGGCUCAAGAGCGGUUUUGCAUACGGUGCCGGGUCUGAAUCAUCGAUACCGAGUCUGGAGCGGAAUCCUGGAACGAGAAUGCCGGCAAAUGGUGGAAGAAAUCAAUGCUCGCAAAAGUCUUAAAUGACAGAUGACGACUUAGAUGUAAAUCUAUUGUGGAAGACAAUAAUGUACUAAGUGUAGUCGCACGGACAAUUGGUCACGGCAGUGUCUCCGGAAAUAACUGAAAGAUACUGAUGCCGCAAGGCCGAACAAAAAUGAAAACAAAUAGAAGCGAAGCAUGCAAGCAUAUUCCUUGUUCUUGUUAACGAUUUGUCGCACGAAUUAUUGUUUACCAUUGCAUUUAAAUGACAUUAUAAUGACUUUUAUUAUGCGUUAUCCCUUGCGUAACACAUUAUGCGUAUAUAUUCAUAGUCAUAAAAAAAUUAAUUCAAUUUCAAUCAGAGUAAGCGCAAUUGUCACCUAUCGAUUUGACUGAUUCAAUACUCUGUCAAUAUAUUCCCAUAAUUAUUCCAAAAAGAUAGUUGUGUUUGUUAUUUAAUCAUCUCUUGAUGUUUUUGAUCAAACAUUUCCUAGACAAACAGAUUAUCUCAGAGAUUCAUCUGCAUAAGAUUAUCUAUUCGAUUCAUCGGUCGCGCGAUUGUGGUUUAGAGACCCAUGCACGUUGCAACCGGUUUUAUAAUUUCAAUCGAAAGCAGGACGACGCAAAAGACUUAACACGUGGUAUACGGACGUGCAUUCGACCAUAACGAUUCAAGACGUAUACGUGACCUUGACGUCUUAACGUUGCACGUAUGCAUCCGCAUCUGCUGCCGCUUCUUGAUGUGCACGGCGAAUUAACACUUGUAUUUUGUUAGCAUACAAUGUGACGUGCCAUCAUUCUCCAAAGAUUGUUAAAAUCAUUUCUAUAUAUUUCUUUGUUUCUCUUUCCUGCAAUAGCGGAGUCUAUUAUCUUGCCGUGCAAAAACGGAUGCUCCGUUUUCAAAGUGAGCUUGAGUUGAGCCCUAUGAUCGAGGUUUUCUUAUUUCAUUUUAUUCUAUAUCGGCAAAGCUCUCUAAAGAAAGUUUAUAAUGCGAAAGAAAAUAUUUGAUAUUAUAAUUUUAAAUCCAAUCAAUUAAUUGAGCUAAUUUAGGCUAAAAUAUCAGCACACUGAUUUGCAUAAGGAUUGUCCUUUCGUAGAAAAUUUAAUUUUAUUUUCCGCAAAAAAUUUGCACAUUGCAAAACGAAUCCGAAAAUGUUACAUGUCGGACUCAUUAUUCGAUAAAGCAUAAUUGAUUCCACGUGUAUCAUAAAUCAUCAAUAUGAUUUUUAUACAAUUUAAUUCACACUUUGCGUUCUUUAAUUUAAUGGCAAAUAAUCGUGUCCUUUUGCGACAAUAAUAUAUAAUUUGAUUUACCGAUUAUUUUUUUUCUGCCACGAAUUUUUUAGACACGCUCGUUGCAAUUAUUUCUCAUCGAAAUGCUGGUAUCCAGAAGAUCGACGAUGAUAUUGUCAAAACGCUUGACACAUAUAAUAUCUAUCGUAUUACAAGAGAUAUUUAAUAUAAUGCUUUAAUAUAAAAUGUAUACACUUUAUGCUGAGAUAAAAUUCGGCGAUUAUCUUAGGAAUAUUGCGCGAUUU